AUGAGCGGCAACAAGGAGAGCGUGAUCAGCGAGAAGACCCUGGGCAUCGGCUUCGGCUGCACCGUGGUGACAUCAUACUCGCCCGUCAUCAACUCGGCGGAUUACGCGACCUUUGACGCCUUCAUGGAGAAGCUGCAGGCCACGUGGGACGCCGAGUGGGCGGCCACCAUGAACGCCGACCCAGCGGGUCUGGACCCUCUGGUGCUCAGCGGGGCGGCCGCCGAGGAGCCCUACCCUGCAGCUCUGAAAAUCUCGCAGCUGCUGUGGACCGCCCUGGCCGGCGCGCUGCUGGUUGCGACGACGGCCCUGUCGUGGCGCGCGCUCGUGGCGGCCACGGCCGUGCUCGGGCCGCAGGCCCACCAGCCGGUGCUGGCUCUGCUGGUGGCCUGGUUUGGCGCCUCCAUGGUGUACUGCUGGGACUCCUCCCCGCCAAAGCCCCGCGCCGCAACCGCGGGCGCCACAAAGGGCGGCGCCGCGGCCGGCGGGCGCGCGGUCGUGGCAGAGGCGCGCGCGGCGGGGGGCGCGGGCGCCAACGGGCUGCACAACCGCAAGGGCUCGAGCUGA